AACUACAGUCCAGAGAUGUUUCAGGAACUUGCUGGUGUUCCAAGUCUGGACCAGCAACAGCUCCCAGUCCUGGAUCCCUGCCCCAAGCACCAGCUCACCCUGCCUCUCCUGCCACGCCACUGAGCUGCCUCCCAGACUGUGGCCUUUUAUAAAGCCCUCCCAGGCAAGCUGCCUGAAGUCAGGUUUGCAGGGGCCCAAGGCAGGGAAACAAAGAGUUAAACAAUAUAAUGAUAGGCUGGUGAGAUCAUCAGAGCUGGGAUGCGCUCCAUUGUUUAUUAGGCUCAACAGAGCCCAAUAGGCAACAUCCAGAGCGAUGUGGGGCUUGGGGUGAGGCUGGCUUAGGAGUACGGGACCUUCUGCUGCAGCCUGUCCCACUGCUGGUGGGGUGGGCAAACGUCCCUCACCACUCGCCACAGCUGAGUCUGCUCAGCCCAGCAGGAUCCAGCCCUCUUGGUGCUGACACACAGCAACAGAAAGCUGGAUACUGUGAGCCGCUCCUCUUGUGCCUGCAGGAGCUGGUGGCCGGGUCCCUCCACAGUGUGCUCAGGGCAUGUUCAGUGCAACCAGCCGGCUCACCUCCCACAGCAAACCACUACACACCAGUGACGUGACAGCCGGGACGACAGAGGCACUGCAUGGUCUCUGUCUCAGAUCCCGUCACCAUGGAAAUUCCCCCCAAGAGCCCAGACGGGAGUGAGAAGUCACCUCAGUCCAAGGAGCUGCCGAUCAGUAACACGGCCAGCACCCUCUGCAUCAGCUCCCGGAGUGAGUCCGUCUGGACCAGUGCAUCCAGAAGCAAGUGGGACAUAUACCACAAGCCUGUCAUUGUCGUGUCUGUCGGAGCAGCUAUCUUCCUCUUCGGGAUGGUCAUCACCAGCCUGUCGUGCAUCCAAAUCAAGAACAAACACAUCUACAAAAUGUGUGGCCCAGCUUUACUGUCCUUGGGACUGAUGCUCCUCGUUUGUGGCCUUGUCUGGAUCCCCAUCAUCCGGAAGAAGCAGAAGCAGAGGCAGAAGUCACAGUUUCUGCAGACCCUCAAGUCCUUCUUCUUUAACCGCUGAGGGCAGCCCAGGACCUUCCCAGGAAGGCUCCACUCACUUCUACCCACCUGUGUUGGUUAGCCAUAAAAAGGAACACAUUCUUCUAUUCUCCUAGAGGAUUUCAUUCCAGUAAGUCUCUUCCCUACAGGUGAAACAUACUGUACCAGUCUUCAAUGUGAAAAAGAACUUUUUAUUUCAUCCAAGCAAUCCCAGAAUAAAAGGCAAGUAGGAUUUUGCAGCUGAGCCCAGCGAGGUAGGUCCGAGCUCUCUGCAUCACUCUCCUGUCCAGUGAGUAACCCAACAUCACAUAUUGGGAAAAGCAAAGCUCCUAAGUGGCUCCAUCCUGCAGCUUCUACAAGAUACAUCAGCAGAGAGGAGCCAACCGACUACAGAGUGUGAGUGAAGGCUGGUGUGAGCACUGCCAACUGAAAACCAGUUCAGAUGUAGAAAUUCGGAGGCCAGAGAUGGCUCGUCUGGAGUUAGUGGAGAGCAGGAGCAGGACAACAUAGUUCCAGACCACUUUGUAUCCGAGGAGCCACCAGAAUGGGCAGCACACAUCACCAGCGCUUAGGAGGACCAGAUGUGAUGCUCAUGGCCAGGACUUCCCUGCCACUGGCCUGUUACAGCGGCUGGCUGAGACAUGGCUGCAAACCAGAGCUCACUCCUUGCUCAGUGCAGGGUGUCUGCAGGCUUUAUUUAUUGUUCCAGAGCAUCGAGGCAAGGAGCAGCAUCACGAGCAGCAUCACAAGCAGCACUUUUUUGUUCCCUCUGGCAGAGGGUGUUUAAGAAGGGCUGUUCCUCUAGGUCUGCAGGGGCAAAGCUGGUUUGCAGCAUCUGCUCAUUUGCACUAGCGCUGUCUGCCAGCAGCACCCAUCAACCCACCCCAGCCAUCAGCCUCCUUAUGCAACCAGAGCUGGACCACAGGCAAGAGAGACAGGUUCAUUAUCUCCACCACUCUGCUUCUGCCUUUAAUAAGUGUGUGCCCUGAGGCAAUUCACCAAGGAAAACACUGAUCCUUUCUGCAUGGCUUUUGCUUUAGUUUUAUGUUUUCAGCAGGCCUGAUUUACUUUAAAAGACAAAUCUGAAACACAGGUUCUCAGUCUGAAGAACCAGUCUCAGUCUGGACAGCAAGAUCUGAGUUGAUAUGAAUAGGCCUGUGAUGUCCAGCUCCCAGCUCUGGGUUCAGGUACUGGUGAGAGUCUGGUUUUUCCGAAGUGCUGAUCCAGCCUGGAUCCCACAGCAGCCCUUCGGCAGCGGCUGAGACCCCCCAGCACAGUGAGCAGUGGCUCAGAGGCUUUGCUGCUCAAAGACCCACUGCAGGAUGAGGAUGUGGUCGGUGCUGAUCAGAAGAAGAGGAAUACAGAAGAGGAGACCCCACCAAGCUCCUCUUUGUAGUCUGCACCUCCAUAGGGAAGCUGUGGCAGCCCUACUGCUCUCCAAAUGCCGUGGGAGGCGGGGAAGCCAGCAGGAGCUGCGGUGAGAGAAUUUGCAAUAUGAUAACCUGCAUCACCUGCUGGUGAGAGGAAGCUCAUGUAAGCCCCCAGCUUUCUUUAACCCAGUAUCCCACAUCUGCUGCCAGGCUCCUGCCAGUAUGUGACAAAGGCUGGCCAGUGCCAUCUGCCUGGACAUCCCCUCCACCAGUGCUGGGAGAGCUUGAGGAGGCAGCUCCCAGCCUGGCAGCUGGCACAGCGGGAUCACAAGCAUUCGAGAAACACAGGUCCCUUUGCCCUGAGCCCAGCCUGGCCCUGAGUUGUGUUUCCUGGGUGGUGCAGACACGUGUGUCCCCAGCCAGGCGGUGCCAGGUUUGUGAAUGGAGUGUGCAAGGUGUAUGAUCUGGCACUGGACCCAGUAAACCUCUGUUUGUUCCUCAGCCAUUCAUCAAGCCAUGCAAUGCUUUGCUUGUUCUUGCAACCCUGACUUGGCACCAGGCAGCAGUCUCUGUUGAUUUAGCUGCCGUGGGCAGAGGGUGCUCACCCAAAACUUCUGCUCAGGGGGCAGCUGCAGUCAGAAGAGCAAACAUCAGCACUCACGCAGGGGAAAUCACCGAGCAACGUGAAGAGCAUCACCAGGUCCCAGCUGGCGGCAGCCUGCAGAACCGGUCACAGACAGGGGUCCUGAAGCUGCACGGUCUGGAGGAGGCACCUGGAAACGGACCCUGCUGCAAACAGCUCUGCUAUGGCAAAGGCUGCUCAGCCCAGAGGGAUGUGAAGGAAGGACUAGAAGUACCAAAUGGCCCAGAGAGAGCGAGCAGGGGUCCUGCUCUCCAUGACUCACAACCAGGGAAAGGAGACAGUCAGUGAAAUGUUAAUGUGGUAAGAAGUCGCUAAGACCAAGAAUCUAAUGGGAUUCCAGACUGCUCAUUUAUAACAAGAAUAUUAGGUUUAAUUAAAGCAAACAUUUCCCCAGGA